UUGGGUGAGAACUGCGGGGGGAAGCGGAAAUUGACAAUCGGAGGAUACCUAUAUCUGAAACUGAAAGAAAAGCCUGAGUCACAUGAUGAGAAUUUCAUAACAGCAGACGGAUGUGCCAGAUUGGUUUCCUUUUUUACAACAUUUCUCUCCGUAUUUCUUGCGACUUUUUUGGGCGGUCUUCUGUUUUACAUAAUAGAACAGAGAGGUGAAGAUGUGGUUCCUCGUGAUGACUGUUUCACUACAGCGCAUACAGAUCUUGAGAAGUACGAUUGGUCUGCAAGCUUUGCUCUCAGAGAAGUAGAAGACUGUAUUAGAAAUCGAUCAAGAAUCAAUGAUCCUGCCUCUGGCUUUAUCUAUGCCUGGUCACUGUAUACCACAGUGGGCUACGGAAACACAUACCCUCACACCAACCUGGGCCGUCUUCUCACAAUGCUUUUUAUUUUAUUUUGGGUCCCACAGUUUAUGACAUUCAAGGUUGAAUUUGGUCGAGUUGCCACCAAGUUUGUCAUCGGGAGCGGAAAGUAUCUACAAAGGAUUUGGUUCCGCUUGAGGAAGAAGAGGUACGACAGUUCAACACGUCCUCUGGACAGUGUUCUCGCCUGUACAUUAGCUUUGUUCAUAAGCAUCUAUUUCGCUACAGUGACAUAUAUAGUCAAAAUUAUUGAAGGUUAUGACCUGUUAACAUCUUUGUAUCUUCUUUUCAUAACCGUCUUCCUAGUAGGUUUAGGAGAUGUUGUACCAAGCACAUCAUUAUCGACGUUCCUGGUAUUGAAACCCCUGUUUCUUCUGGGAGAUGCCCUAACAUCAUAUAUGAACUAUUAUUUCCAUGCCCGAACUCGUGUAUGGCUGCUCAGAUGGUCUAUUUGGGUAUCCUCUUUGACAGACCGAUUGGGAAAAGUUACACCAACAUCCUCAGUGAGUAACUUACGCGACGACUGCGACUUUCCUGUGAUAACAACAACAAGCAUGCCGAUGAACUUGCUAAACACUGAAAGCGAAGACGAUGACUUAUCCUCACUUGGUUUAACUCAAGCUCCUUCACUUAUUUCUUGCACAACACAAACUAGCAGCUGUAAAAGAGAAAUAUGA